GCUCUGUUAUAAAUAGAGAAGUGAGAAGGCAUAGGGAGUUGUGUUUUGUUCAGAAAUGGGUUCUUCUUCUUCGUCUUCUUCGUUGUGGAGUUCGAAGCAAAAUAAGUUGUUUGAAAAUGCUCUGACGGUGUACGACAAGGAGUCGCCGGAGCGGUGGCAGAAUCUGGCCAGAGCCGUCGGCGGGAAGACGGCGGAGGAAGUUAAGACUCACUACGAUAUGCUGGUGGAGGACGUCCACAAUAUCGAGUCCGGCCGAGUUCCUCUCCCCAAUUACAACACUAAACAAUAUUCCAAUUUUCUUGAAGAACAACAAAGGUUGAAGAGUCUAAAGCUACAAUGAUUGCAACAACCAAGAAGGAUUGAAGUAAAGAAUAAAAGCUACUCCAUUGAUAUCAACCAAAGCUCCCAACUGAUCAAGUGCUUGUAUAUAUAUAUAUAUAUGUGACUUAUAGAUCUUUCCAUUAUAUAUAUUAAGAAUAUUAAUUAUGCUGUAUCG